UUGGCCCAGGUCGGCCGGGGGUCCGGGCGCGUAGGGCGCGCGCUUUUCCGGACCACCCGCGAGGUGGCACCGUGGCUCGCCAAAGGCGUUGCUGCUCAUGUUCGUGGUGCCACCCCAGUCUGCGGACCCGUGGGCUGCACAGCCAGGCUCUUACGCCGCGCCCCGGUUCCGGGCGUGCGCCCUCCAGUCCGCCGAGGCCAGCCCGCAGCGCCGCGGGGCGCCGCAGCGCGGGCCUGCGGGCUUCUCCUCGGCGGAGGCGAGCCCGCAGCAGCGGGUCCCCCUCGGCAGCCCCGUCGGGCUGGCCACCGCGGAGGCCAGCCCCGUGAGCAAGGGGCACGCCCGCGACUCGGAGAACCUCUGCCCCAACAGCCCCUCGUCCAAGGCCGCACCGCGCGCAGGAUCCUGGACCUACACUGCCGACAAGCCUUUGGGCAGUGGCUCGUUCGGCGUCGUCUACCGGGCAGUGGUGAACGAGACCGGCGAGCACGUGGCGAUCAAGAAGGUGCUCCAGGACAAGCGCUACAAGAACCGGGAGCUGGAGAUCAUCCGGGAGCUCAGGCAUCCGAACGUCGUUGAGCUGAAGCACGCCUUCUUCACAUCGGAGGACAAGAAGGGGGAGACCUACCUCAACCUGGUCAUGGAGUACUGCUCAGACACUCUGCACAGAGUGAUCAGACAGUAUUACAAGCUGAGCAAGCCGGUGCCCGACCAGCUGGUGCAGCUUUACUCCUACCAGAUGUGCCGCGGCUGCGCGUACAUCCACGCCGUGGGCAUUUGCCACCGGGACAUCAAGCCGCAGAACGUACUCGUCGACGGAAGGACGGACGCGCUGAAGCUGUGCGAUUUCGGCUCCGCGAAGCGGCUGCUGAAGGGCGAGUCCAGCGUCGCCUACAUCAGCUCCCGCUACUACCGCGCGCCGGAAUUGAUCUUCGGGGCAACGAGGUACGGCAAUAGUAUCGACAUCUGGUCGACAGCAUGCGUGGUCGCCGAGGUGAUGCUGGGUCAGCCCCUGUUCGUCGGGGAGAACAACGUCUCGCAGCUCGUCGAGAUCAUCAAGGUUCUCGGCACGCCGACUCGCGAGCAGGUCUACGCCAUGAACCCGAAUUACCAGGAGUUUCAGUUCUCCCGCCUCGUGCGGGCAUGUUGAGCGUCUCUCCAUGACGAGCGAGCUGUCACGAGUCGGUUGUUGUCUUUGCCGCGGCAUGGAGGAGGAG